UCGCUUGUGAUGUCGGCAUGGAGGUGGUGCUCCCGCUGGCGGUGGUGUGCGUGCUGGCCGUGAGCGGCGCCCCGAACGCGACGCGCCGCCACCCGGCCCGGCCAGACCCGUCCCGGCCCGGCCCGACCCGGCCCGAUCUAGAGCCGGAGGACGAUGACCACCACCUCGACUAUUACGAUGAGGAGCGGAUCAAUAUUUCAGAAAAGGGCAAGUACCUGGGUUCGCCUUGCGAGUUCACGUGCAACCCGGCACUCCUGCACGUGUUUUGCGAUCCGGCGUCAAAUUCCUGCCAGUGCGACCCCAAGCACCCCGUCAACCUGGGCGUCGCGCGUGGCUGCGCUAAAGCAAAAAAGCUCGGCGAGCAAUGCUUCUACCGGCAGACGUGUCGCGCCUUCGACCCACACGCGUCAUGCGUCCAGGUCAACCACAACGCUUUCUGUCAGUGCGAUCCUGGCUACCACAGCACCACACACAGUCGGCCGACGCAGAGAAUAUUCUGCACUGAAGACCUCGUGCUGCUGACAGCGGAUAUGCCGACGCUGCUCGGCGUAGCGUCGGGCAUCUUCGUGCUGGGCGGUCUGCUCUGUAUGGUGCUACACCUGUACACUCGGGCACGGUACCAUCCAGCACAUCUCGCUGACGCGCGGUUGACGCCACCGUGUCUGUACUCACUGAAUGACACACAUACUGGGGGCACUCUUAGCGCGACCCGCGCGUCAUCCCGCGCCUCGUCCCGCUCAGGCGGCACGGGCGCCACGCUGGACUCCGGGUCGUCCCGGCGAGCGUCGCGGCGCGGCGUGCCAGUGUCGGCGUCCCGCGCAGGUGCCGCGCGCACGGCGGCCAUCUUGCUAAUCUCGCGCCACCUGAAGGCCGUAAGGCGGGACGGCGGCGCGCACGCGCCCAAGUGCGCCGCCAAAGGUGAUAACGAUGUUCCCGACGUCCAAGUAUAAGUUCAGUGCAAAGCAGUUCAUCCUCCAUAAGAAGCUACAGUGCUAGACGUUGGGAGAAAGAGCGAGAACAGAAGGAGAGGAGACAGAUGAGCAUGCGUCUCGCUCAGUUGCACGACAAAAUGAAUGCAGGGAGAGAGAUACCUAAA